AUGAUAGAUCAAGCUUUGGACGAUAAUAUUUCCGAAAACGAAGAAGAAGAAAGUUUUUUUCAAGAUGUAGAUAUAUUACAAAAACAUGGAAUUAACGUUGCAGAUAUUAAAAAGUUAAAGGGAGCCGGUAUUUGCACUAUUAAGGGAAUUCAGAUGUCCACGAAAAAAAAACUAUGUAACAUUAAAGGUUUUUCUGAAACUAAAGUAGAAAAAAUUAAAGAAGCUUGUUUAAAAGUAAUAUCCUUAGGUUUUAUGACUGCCUUAGAAGUAAGCGAUCGGAGAAAACAUGUUUUUAAGAUCAACACUGGAAGUAAUGAAUUAGAUAAACUUCUUGCUGGUGGAAUAGAGUCAAUGGCGAUUACUGAGGUGUUCGGCGAGUUUCGUACAGGCAAAACGCAGUUAUCUCACACUUUAUGCGUUACAACACAAAUGCCUAAUUCGUCAGGCUACAGCGGUGGCAAGGUUAUGUUUCUUGACACUGAGCACACAUUUCGACCAGACAGAUUAAGGCCUAUUGCAGAUAGAUUUAACUUAGAGCAAAACGCCGUCCUAGACAACGUUCUUUAUGCAAGAGCUUAUACUUCUGAACAUCAGGCUGAACUGCUUGAUUUCGUUGCCGCGAAGUUUCAUGAAGAAGCUGGUGUAUUCAAACUAUUAAUAAUAGAUUCAGUCAUGGCAUUAUUCCGGGUUGACUUCUCUGGACGCGGUGAACUAGCUGAUCGACAGCAAAAGCUAGCACAAGUUUUAUCAAGAUUACAAAAGAUAUCAGAGGAGUACAACGUUGCAGUUUUUAUAACUAAUCAAAUGACUGCAGACCCAGGAGCCACGUUAUCUUUUCAAGCCGAUCCAAAAAAACCAAUCGGUGGGAAUAUUCUCGCUCAUGCUUCCACGACAAGAAUAUAUCUUAGAAAAGGACGUGGAGAAAAUCGUAUAGCGAAAAUUUACGAUUCACCAGACUUGCCUGAAAGCGAAGCUACCUUUGCUAUUACUAAUGGUGGUAUCGCAGAUGCUAAAGAUUAA